CUCAGCACGUAUUAUUUUUUAAUGAUGUCAUUAAAAAUUCGAUAACGUGUUAAUAAAUUGAAAAAUCCAUAUUAUUAAGAUGGAUAACAUAAAUUCUAUAAGCUAGGAAUAUAUAAAUUAGCAUAAUCAUGUAUGUCUUAUAGUAUAAGUUUUCUGUGAACCCACGAAAAGUUGUGCGACUGAAGAAUGAAAUAGUAUUUCAUCUACGUUAUGUAUGACUUGUAUGAAUUGGAAGAACAAAACAUGAAGCAUAAUUUACGGGAUUGGCGUAAAGCACUACGCACACCGGCCACUUAUAGAGUCGGUAACACAGUGAGAAUACAACCCCAGUUUGUUUUUUUAAUAGGAAUCAUAGGUGCUUUCCUACUAGUGCUAUUCUACUAUAAUUGGUCUGAGAAGCUACCGAAUAACUCCAUGCAUACGUGGAACAAGAGUUACAAGAUAUACAACAAUACAUAUCCUCUAACUGCUGCGUAUCAAUCAGGAGAUGUGAUAAAAUAUAAAAUCGGUAUUGUCACCGACUUAGACAAAAAUUCCAAAAGUAAAACAAAACCGAACACCUAUAUUAGUUACUUGAAGAAGGGUGUACUAAGUUAUAAUGUCAAAAAGAAGCAGAUAACAGUGUCUUGGGAGCAGAGUAACAUAGUUCUGUCAUCAACAUACUCGCACAAAGGUAGAGGAAUGGAACUCUCUGAGUUAAUAGUGUAUGAUGGUAGAUUGCUAACCUUUGAUGAUAGGUCUGGCAUGGUUUUUGAAAUAGUCAAUAAUAAAGUUGUGCCAUGGGUUAUUCUAUCAGAUGGAAAUGGUUACAAUGAGAAAGGAUAUAAAGGAGAGUGGGCGACAGUCAAAGAUGAGAUUUUGUACAUUGGUUCUAUGGGUAAAGAGUGGACGACUGCGGCUGGAGAGUUUGAGACAUUUGAUCCCAUGUGGGUUAAAGCAAUAAAUAUACAUGGAGAAGUACAACAUUUAAAUUGGAUAAGUCAAUUUAAAGCAAUACGUCGCUCAAUAGGUAUAGAGUGGCCGGGUUAUAUGAUCCAUGAGUCUGGAGGCUGGUCGGAGUCACAGGGGAGAUGGUUCUUCCUACCCCGACGAUGCAGUCGGGAACCAUAUAAUGAGACAAAGGACGAAGUAAUGGGUUGUAAUUACUUAAUUACGGCUGACAACAGUUUCAAUAGUGUACACGCUAUGCAACUGUCGAAAACCCACAAUCCGAAGCAUGGGUUUUCCUCUUUCAAGUUCAUUCCAAACACAAAUGACGAAGUUAUUGUCGCCUUGAAAACAACGGAAUUUGAAGGCAAAACAGCAACAUACAUCACUGCAUUUAAAACAGAUGGGACAGUCCUUUUAGAGGACAUAUUCAUUGAGGCCCUGAAAUACGAGGGCCUGGAAUUUAUAUGAUUUAUUUUCGUUAGUCAAAUUUUAUGAGAAUAUGUAAAUAUGUAUAAAAACUUUUGUUAUUA